AUGUUGGUGUCAGAUCUUCAGGCAAAAGUUGAAGCUGUGCAAACCAAACUCAUCCAGGUAGAGGAUGCUCGCGAAGUGGAGAGAACUCGUGCAAGCGAAGAAAUCAAUUCACUCUCAGCAAAGUUGCUUAAAGUGCAGGAAGCUCAUGAUUCUGAACUGAAAACGAUUACAAGGGAAUCAUCGACUACCUGUGAUGAGCUAAGAGCCAAAAUUGCUGCACUGGAAGAAUCAGGUAGCAAACUUUCUGAUGACAAACUUUUGCUGCUUGAAACUCGAUAUCAACUCGAGUUAGCUGACCGUGAAAACGCGUUUAAAAGUGAAAAAGAGGAAAUGCAACGGAAGAUGUGCUCUUUGGAGUCUUCACUAUCAGCCAAGGACGAAGAAAAGGCAUUGGCACUGAAGAAGCAGGCGGCUCUAAUCAAAGAAUUGCAACGUGCUGUCAAAGAAGAAAAGAAACGCGCUGAAUCUAUGGAGAAGCUCGGCCGUUGCUGUUCCGAAGAAAGAGGGUGGCAUUUAGUCGGAGAAAGUGGUGCAAAAAGUGCACAGACAUUGGAUGGCGCUUACAGUCGUAGUGUAUCAUCAGCAAGUGCCCUGGAAUCAGACAAUUUCGAACUCAUUAGCAGGCUGACGACAUUGCAAAGAACACAUGCAGAGACUCUAGAUCGCCUGAAUGCGCUCGAGAACGAGAAUGCGCGGUUGAACAGUGAAAUUAGUGAGAAAAGUGAAUUUUAUCGAGCACUGGAUUAG